AGAACACGCUUUCAUGUUCAAAAUUCAGUGUGGAGCUGAAGCCUCUGCAGGAAAGAGCAAUUCCAGAAAGAGGACGCAGUACUCACGUUUCAAUCAAUAUCACGACGUACAUAACCACAAAUUAGCUAUGAGGGCAUUGGUAUUCCUUUCACUCUUGUUGGCAAGCGUAUUGGCUGCACCCCAAUACGGACAACCACCAGCAUCUGGAGAAACUGUUUCCAUAACGAAAGAUCAGUGGUCUUCACUUAACCCUUACGGAUCAGAAGCAACUUACGACAUUCAGAAGCAAUGGGAAAAUUUCUAUGAAUAUCUCCCUUGGUUGAAGGGACCUCCGGGUCCACCAGGACCACCAGGUCAACCUGGAUCUUCCGGAUCUUCUUCCGGUGGUGGCUACGGGGCUAGUUCUUACGCACAACCUCAAGUCAUUCCUGGCCCACCAGGUCCUCCAGGACCUCCAGGGCCUGCUGGGUAUAAGGGAGAUGCAGGUCUUCCAGGUACUCCCGGUUAUCCUGGUGGACCUGGUCCGCAAGGUCCACCUGGAAAACCGGGAACUCCAGGUUAUCCUGGUGAAAAAGGAACUCCAGGUUACAAUGGUGCUCCUGGAGCUCCUGGUAAACCAGGUUAUAACGGAGAAAAGGGUACACCUGGCUACAAUGGUGCACCUGGCCUUCCUGGUGGUCCCGGACUCUCUGGCAAAGACGGAUACAGUGGAGCUCCAGGACCUGCAGGCCUUAAAGGUGAAGCCGGCCCACCAGGAUACACCAUCCCAUCCAAGAUUCCUGGUCCUCCUGGCACACCUGGCUACCCUGGUAAGGAUGGUGCUCCUGGCUAUCCUGGCGGCCCUGGCCCUGUUGGUCCCGUUGGCCCUGCUGGACUCCAAGGACCUCCCGGCAAACCUGGUACAAAUGGAUAUCCUGGUGGACCCGGACCUAAAGGUGACGCUGGAACACCUGGUUACGCUGGAGCUCCUGGCAAGGAUGGAUAUCCUGGUGCACCUAGCAAGAUCCCUGGCUCCCCCGGACCCCAAGGGCCUGUUGGCCCUAAUGGCUACAAUGGCGCCCCAGGAAAAGAUGGUCUUCCCGGCGGACCUGGUUAUCCAGGCAAGGAUGGGCUCCCCGGCGCUCCUGGAUACACUGGUGCCCCCGGUCUUCCUGGAAAACCAGGCAAAGAUGGAUAUGCUGGCCCAGCAGGAACUCCUGGAUACCCUGGCGGUCCAGGCCCCGUUGGACCUCAAGGUAAACCCGGAGCUCCUGGAUACCCUGGUGGCCCAGGACCUGUUGGACCCAUAGGCCCCCUUGGCCCAGCUGGGCCUCAAGGUAAACCUGGAAGCCCUGGCUACCCUGGUGGUCCAGGACCAGCUGGCCCUCUUGGACCUGUCGGACCUGUUGGCCCUCAAGGUAAGCCAGGUUCUCCUGGUUACGCGGGUCCUGCCGGCCCUGCUGGCCCAGCUGGUUCUCCUGGACAGGUCUAUGAAGCACCAGCCUAUCAGCCUCCUGCUUACACGCCAACAGUUUCUCAACAAACAUACGAUCCCCCAGCACCAAGCUAUGGUUAAAUGAUCUACCUCGUUUUUUCAUAGAUAUUAAAGAAUUUUAUCUUAAAAUACCAUGCAUGGAUUUAAAAGUUAUAUUCAAUUAAGACAUUUGCGUUUACUUUAUAUAUCAUAACAUUUUGGUGCCACGUUUUCUCCAUUUGUAAAUAAACCAAACUAUAAAA